AUGAAGGUAUCGCCGGAGCUGAAGGCGGCGCCGACCACGAGAGAGGUCAACCUGAAAGGCCCCCGGCCGUCCCCUCUCAAGGUCUCGAAGGACUUCCACAAGAUCAAGAAGGCCGCCUGCGCCACCCCAGCGCCGCCCGCCGCCAGUCAGCCGUCGGACCCCCCCGCGGCGCCGCCGCCUCCCCGGGAGCCGGUCAUAAUCUACGCAGUCUCCCCGAAGGUCUUCUACGCCGAACCCGGCGACUUCAUGACGCUGGUUCAGCGGCUCACCGGCCCCUCCCCCUCCGCCCCCGCUGUGCCGGAGGCGACGGCGGCCGCCGAGGAGCGGGGGUGGGAUCCCUCCGGCGGCGCCGCCGGCGAGGUCUUCGAUCUACUGGAUAUCUUACGGGAAGAGGCGGCGGAAGGUACCUUCCCCGGGAUACUGUCGCCGCUGCCGACUGCACUGCCGUCAAUUGCUACCGGCUUCUUCUCUCGGCCGGCGGCGGAACCGACUUCACCGGCGUCGUUUCUUUCUCUUAAACCAACUCUGCCGUCCCUUUCUCUCUCCCCCGGCGCGUUCUGGGACGCCUUCGGACGCCUCUGA